GUAUUGUGAAGAUUACACACAGGGAUUGAGCAAAUCCUCUUUUGUUUCCCUAAUUCGAGAGAAUUGAUGUUUCCCCACAAAUGGUAUAGUCGUAAGUCUCAUGACCUUGUGUCGCACUUCUGAACUCUAUCCCUUUUUCUUUUUUUAACAGGAUUGGCAGGAAAGUGUUAAGGGUGAUGUGGGUGGCGAGAUAGUCGCCAUCUGGAAAGAAUUGCAGGUAUAGUCAAAAGACUAGAAAUCAUUUCUGUUGUCAGUCGGGCUAAUGCCAAGUUAUCUGAGUCUUCUCUGUUAUUGGACUUCUUAUCCUAAUAUAUUUCUUCACCAGAUCACUGGUCUUGCUUACCUACGAGCUCCAUCUCAUAUUUAUAAGUAGGCUCAUAUGGGAAGAAGGUCUGGGCCUCAUUCUCGGGGAUUUAGUUUCGGUCAAGUUGCUUGAUUCGUCAUUACACUGUUGAUGCUCAUUGAAUUGGACGCAACAAAUUACGUUUAGAGGCAGUCGUGCUCAUCCAAGAUUAUGUUCACUCAAGAGAUUUGUCUCAAAUAAAAUCUCGGUCGAUCUAUUGGUAUCUGCAUCUUUUUGUGGAAUGAUGGAGGUGGGCUCACUUGUCACACCGACUUCAGCGACAUCUGCCACAGCUUUAUGAGAAGCAAGGGCGCGCUUCGUAACCUCCCUCUGCAUGCAAUCAAGUUGUGGUAGAUGAUAUCGUGGAAAGCCAAGUUUUCUCUCCUUCGCGCGAGGAAUUAGUCGCGGCAGUUUCUUGAAUUGGGCCGUCGGCACGGACUCGACUUAGUCAUAUGCAGUCGGUAAAUCAACAGUCCGCUAUCUGUUGAUGGAACACUGUAGUUAAGAUUGGCAGUCAACCUUAUACCCGCAAAUUUGGUUUCCUAAGUCAUUCUCAGCUCCAGGACCUCGAAAGCUUUGCAUAGAGAUGCCGUUCUCGCAGCUCAAUGACCGAUGUUGGGUGUGAGGAGUAUCUGCAUCUUCGGCCAUCGUCACGGCCAGAGAAUGUUUAGCUAUCUAUGUGAGCUUUAACUUGAACACUGAGAAUACGACUUUCAUCUUCUACCUGCAAGUUCACGAAGAUGCGCUACAUGAGGGAGCAGAAUAAUGCACUGGAAAGACCAUGGCGGCCGAGGAAAGGGUUGGUGUGGCUUUUUCUGAUCCAGUGGUCUUUCAUUGAUCUCUGGAUAGCAGAGGCCGGCUGUAUACCACAGAGCGGGUGCAACACUGCGUAUGCCUACUACAAAGUCCAAGCGAAUGAGACGCUGGAUUCAGUCGGAGAGAAAUUUCAAGUGACAUCUGACGAAAUUCUAGCGGUCAACCCCAGCAUUGUUGACAAGCAGAGUAUCGUUACCCAUCAGCCACUGUACAUUCCUUUCAAUUGCGGGUGCAUACAAGACCAACUAUUGCAUAUGUUCAAGCAUCAGGUUCAAAGAACCAAUACUAUAGGUUUCAUCUCUAAGAAAAUCUACGAGGAUCUCACCAAGGAAACUUGGAUAGGGUACUGGAAUGGAAUACCUAACCUCAAUUUCAUUGAAACCGGAACUAGCAUGAAAAUUCCUGUUCAGUGCUUCUGUGGAGACCCGAGAGUGAGCCUUGGUUACGGCCUUUUCCUAACUUAUGUGGUGGCGGCUUGUACUGCUGGAAAUGUGAGCGGCCUUGCUUCGAAUUUCAACACAAGUGAAGCGCUUCUGAGGGUGUACAACCCUCUUGUGGUCUGGAAUAACUCACAGCCCGAGCAAUAUGCUUUUAUCCCGGUGGCAGAUGAGACUGGAAGUUAUCCUCAGUUCGACUUUGGCUCAAGUAAGCGAGGCGAUGCGGAUGACAUAACCAUAGCUGGAGUGUUGUUGGGGAUUGCAUAUGGAGUCGCAGGAGCUCUGGCACUUCUUAGUGUUCUUGCAAUUUUACACCACUGCUUUACUUUGAGACAGCGAAGGAGGCAACAAAGAGAAUAUCUGGCAAGCAAACUGAAGGAUGAGGACGACCGACCUUUCAAACACAAUGGUGGAAAUUAUCUAUAUCAACAAUGGCCUCCAUGUUUGCCAGAAAUGAAUGAGGAUUGUCAAACCACGACGAGCAUUGUUGCAUGAAGUAAAGCGAGCUUGUGGCUUAGCACUCGUGCAUUCGGGUUGGACAUAAGGGAAUUGUGACUUCACCUGAUGAUCUCGUGAAUUGUGAUGAAAUUAACGCAACUACCCUGAGUAGCAGUUGUAUUGUCCUUCUGAGUCGCCAUUCCAAGAGGCACUGGACGCACCGGACUUAAUCAAGAUUUGCAACCAACUAUAUUCUUGGAUUACUAUUGAAGCGGUGUAGAAUUGGGUUGGGGUAAACAAGUGGAUAUUUAGUCAUGCCGAAUUUGUAGCUAGCAUGUUUAUAUUGUGUAAAAUAUUUAAGGACUUUUGAUCCUUGUGACAACUGGGUUCUUGUGAUCACUAUCAAAUCACAUGUUCAUGAAAACGUAUCAGCCGGGGAAAACACUUCCAAAAGACCAGUACAGCAAAAAAAACUUAACUUUCUGUCA